AUGGGGAACGGUCAAGGCAAAUCUAAGAAGAGUAAAGCAAGAAAUUGUGUUUCUAUUUAUCACAAAGGCGAGGUCAUUACUGAAUACCCAAUAAAUAAGGACUCUUCAUUUAUACCGAGGUUCUUAAGGGCUGAAAAAGAUGAUCAUAUUAGUAAUAUGUUUUCAGAAAUUGAGGAUUUAUGCCAACAAAAUGUGAUUGGCUUAAGGACAAGAAAUAGGAUGUAUGGGAUAGACUUUCUCCUCAUGAAUGAUAAUUUUGAAUGUCUCCAAAACGGAGAUGAGCUGGAGAUCAUGACUGAAGGUGAUCAUGAACAUGAUUCUCCCAUCUUAAAUGCACCAAACCUACCUUCUGAAUACACUGUGACUAUAUUUAACUAUAAACUAUUGCAGACAAUUGGUAAGGGAGGGUUCUCUCUAGUAUAUAUUACCCGAAAUUUGAACAGCGGAAAAAUAUUUGCAUGAAAAUCAAUAAACUCCUCGGUCAUUAACAAAUGGAAGAAAUCAGAUUGCUUGGCUAAUGAAAUCAAAAUUUUGAAUGAAGUAAACAAUCCUUUUGUCAUUAAGAUGAUUGACCAAGUCCAAACGAAGACUCAUACCCACCUAAUCUUAGAGUUUUGAUUGGGCGGUGAUUUGUUCUAUCUUCUUAGUCAAUUCCAAAAAUUUCCAGAGAAAGUUGCCAGGUUUUAUCUCUGUGAAAUUAUCAUAGCCCUGGAACACCUUCAUUCCCUUGAUAUAUUUUAUCGAGAUCUCAAGCCUACCAAUGUACUUCUUGAUGAAGAAGGUCAUAUAAAACUGACAGACUUUGGUCUCUCACUCCCUUCCUUCCCAGAAGGAUCUGUUUCAACUACUUUUUGAGGAACUCCUGAAUAUAUGGCUCCAGAAAUGCUGUUGAAAAACGGUCAUGACAGAUCACUUGAUUACUAUUCUUGAGGUAUAAUUCUCUACGAGAUGCUAGUCGGGCUCCCACCCUUCUACAGUCAUGAUAGGACACAGAUGUACACCUCUAUAAUAAAGGAUAAGAUUAAAUUCUUGCCAAAAGUGUCAAAAACAGCUAGAGACCUGAUUAAAAAGUUAACGAUGAAGAAUCCAAAAGACCGUCUUGGAAGCGAUUAUGGAUUCUUUGCCAUAAAGCAACACCCAUUCUUCAAAGGGGUUGACUGGAAAAUCAUUGCAGAGAAGAAGAGUAAGGCUCCUUUCAUCCCAUCUGCAAGAGAGAGUAAUUUCCAUGAUGAGUUCACUAGCAUACCUAUUCAGGAAAGUCUGUUGGAGUACCAACCCUCCAACUCUCUAGUUGAAACUGUAUCUGAUGCAAAGAGAUCAGCGCUUAGAGAGCAAUCUACUAAGCAUAAAUGCAGCAUCAUUGAGAAUAGAAAAGUCGUAGAAAAUGAGCAUGAAGAUUGGCUCAGGAAUGUUUCUAUCAUCUCUGAAUUCAGGACAUGGAGAAACCCACAAGACAACACAAGCUUUCAGUCCGGCCAGGAAUGAUGGAUAAAGACACCCCUAAAUGUAAACAGAGAUAGACUAAAUCCAUGUUCACCAACCUCUUCAGUCCAUAUAGAGUCAAAUAUUUCUAAAUGAAGCUCAUGGAAGAAUAUACCUCGAGGAUCUCCUUCUAUUGAAGAAGAUUUUGACCAAAAACCUUACGAAAAUAUCAUAACUCCCAAUAGAUUACUUCUGUCUGAGGAUGAAAGAAGAAUGCGAUCAGUCAUAAAAACUACUGAAAAGAAGAAAGCAAACCCUUCGAACUAUCUUCACUUCGAGCCUGAAGACUCACAUGAGGAGAGUAUAGUCUUUAGAGAUAGAAAAAGGAAGAUCUCUAAACAUCUCAGAAGAGAAGUUCUGAAUGACUCAAAUGAAGAUUUACGUGAUUAUAUUGAUACUUUCUGUGACGUUAGUCCAGAAGCUCAAAAACAGGAUAUUAAAUGCUUUGAGUCUAGAAACAGUCCAUUGGCUUUAUUCUCCUCUCCUAAUUCGAUACGUAUUAAACCAGAGAAGGAGAAGAUUACACCAAAAUCUUUAGCCAAACCAGUCAGGUGGAUAACUCCAAUCAAGAAAACUACUAGAUCUUAUAGAAAGGGAAGAUGUAAACUUCCCGACUCAUUAAGCUCUUAUAUUUAUUAUAACCAAGAAGAAGAGAAGGUUUAUAGAGCGGGUAAGGAGAAAACGAGGCACUCUCAUCCUUAUGAGAGGAGCGAAGAGUUCGGUCUUGAUCACAAAAUGAAAAGCCUCGUCACACAGAACGCAUUCGAUGUGGACUCUAUUUCACCGUUUAAGGCAGCGAAAAAUGGAAUCCGAACCGAACAGAAAGUGAAGAGCAAGCUAAUCAGACCCUUUAAGGGCUACAAAAAGAACAUUGGUGAUAGGAAAGAUAAAAAGAGGAAGGAAAACAAUUGUAAAAACCCAAACAAAAACAGCCUGAACCUCUAUCUGAUCUCCAUAUCCAAAUAAACAAAUCAUAAAAUCCCAAAAACCACUUAAACCAACCCAAAAACUCAAAAACCCCAAAAAGGCUUCAAAGGGCACCAAAAGCUUCGUUGACUCGCUCAGCUCCUACAAGAAAGGAAAAUCUAAACGGACGAAAUGUAAACUGCCCCAAAGCAUAUUGGCCACACGCCAGAGUAGCGUCAGAGAGGAAGCAGUGAAACCCAUUGUAGUCAAGUGUGUACUGAGGAAAGAGAGGUUCUAGUGGGUGUAAUUAGAUAUGGAAAUUGCUUGAAUUUAGGAGAAAAAUACCCUAAAGGCUCCGAAAACCUUUGUUUUAUUGCCAUGA